CGAGAGCAGGAGGCAGAGGGAGAGAGAAGUCAGACAUAAGUCCACAAAAACCAGCACAGCAAAGAUGUCUACGUCCAACACCUACGACACGAUUUCCACGUCGAACUUCACCGAUAAGAAGAAGGGAACCGAGUACGUUUUCGAAAACGAUAAACUUCCAGAGGAGAUUCCACAUGUGAAGGAGAUCGGGGCCACCACGGGUCCGUUGCUCAGCGCCUCGUUCUUCAUUGCAGACAGAUGCCAGGACUUCAAUGACGAUUUCAUGCUCUGCCAAAAAACCAACGGUACUAACGGUACCGUGAACUGUCUCCAAGAGGGCCGUAAAGUGACAAGAUGCGCUGCGAGCGUGUUAGCGGACCUGAAUGCUCAUUGCAAGAAAGAGUUCGAGAUGCACUACAAGUGCUUGAACUACUCGAACAUGGAGUUCAAGAACUGCAGAAAGGCCGAACACUUGCUCAACGACUGUGUUUUCACCAGCUUGAAGCUGGCCAAGAAGAUUCCGGGCGACGGCGGCAGAGAGGUCUUCAAGGAGGGCCACCAAAUAUACAAACCAAUCCAUCCUCACUUUCCGAGUGAAAAGGCUUACGACUUAGCAAAGAAGGAGUCCGCAUGAUCACGAUCAGCCAGAUGAUCUUUUUCCAAAACAGAAACGAGACAGAAGCACGAAUCCGCUGCUCCGAUCACCAAAUACACCCCAGCCACUAGUAUAUCCUCACCC